CGCAGAAGAGGAGGAGACCGGCGGGCCCGGGAGGAGAGGCGCGGAGGGGAGCGGAGCUAUGCUAAACCCGGGGUACCGCUGAGGCGGGGCGGGCCAGGCCAAAGGCGGGGGCUCUCCGGCGGCGGGCGCGCAGGGGCCCGGCUCCCGAGGCGGCGGCAGGCAGCAUUUCGGCGCGCGGAGCGGCUCCGCAGCCACCGCGCCAAUGAACAUGUCAGUGUUGACUUUGCAGGAAUACGAAUUCGAGAAGCAGUUCAACGAGCAUGCGGCCAUCCAGUGGAUGCAGGAGAACUGGAAAAAAUCAUUCCUAUUUUCAGCUCUGUAUGCUGCCUUUAUAUUUGGUGGUCGGCACCUAAUGAACAAACGAGCAAAAUUUGAACUGAGGAAACCACUAGUGCUCUGGUCCCUGAGCCUUGCCGUCUUCAGUAUAUUCGGUGCUGUUCGAACUGGUGCUUAUAUGCUGUACAUUUUGAUGACCAAAGGCCUGAAGCAGUCAGUGUGUGACCAGAGUUUUUACAUUGGACCUGUCAGCAAAUUCUGGGCAUAUGCAUUUGUGCUAAGCAAAGCACCUGAACUAGGUGAUACAAUAUUCAUUAUUCUUAGGAAACAGAAGCUCAUCUUCUUACACUGGUACCACCACAUUACUGUGUUACUUUAUUCGUGGUAUUCCUACAAGGACAUGGUGGCUGGCGGUGGCUGGUUCAUGACCAUGAACUACGGAGUACACGCCGUUAUGUACUCUUACUAUGCCUUGCGGGCUGCUGGCUUCAGAGUCUCACGCAAGUUUGCCAUGUUCAUCACCUUGUCGCAGAUCACUCAGAUGUUGAUCGGUUGUGUGAUCAAUUACCUGGUCUUCUCCUGGAUGCAGCAGGGCCAGUGCCAUUCCCACGUGCAGAACAUCAUCUGGUCCUCUCUCAUGUACCUCAGCUACUUUGUGCUCUUCUGCCAUUUUUUCUUUGAGGCCUAUAUCGGCAAAACCAGAAAAGAAAGGAAGGUUGACUAGUGGUAGAAACGAGACAGAAGCCAUAGCUCAGGGUCAUCAAGAAAAACAAAAUUAUAAGAAAAGAAAAUGGCACAAGGAAAAACAUAUAUGUAUGGUGCAGCUAAAACUUGGCAGCUUAGGGAAAGUUAGCUUGGUUUAACCCAGUAAGUUUAUGAUCCUAUCAUGGUGAGGACUCACUGAAUUCUACUCUAUCUCAAAGGACUGCUGAUGAAAGACAACUUCCUUCUUGUACCUGUCUGCUCUAGAAAAGAAAGGAGAAAAGAAAGAAGAGAAAAAAGAAAAGAAAGAAAAAGAGAAGAAGGAGAAGAGAAGAUAGAAGGAAUAAUGUUGAGAGGGAUAAAAAGUACAUUAAAUAAGCAGUGUGUUUCCCCAGGGUGGAGGAAAGACUUCUAUUUAAACAACAGCAACAACAACAACAAAGAUUCUAAAUCCUUUCUAAUAAUUUUCAGUGUUAAACUUGAACAAAACAAAGCAGAGAGGUGACAAAGAAAACAAUCUAUGAUAACCAUAAGAUUGCAAAAUUAAAUUAUUUUCCAUAAAAGGUUCAUUCCUUUAGCCAAAAUGAAACCCAAAAGGAUGUUUCCUGCAUGGAAAGUAGCUGAACUCCACACUGUGGUCAUGAAUGGAAAAGAGAAGAGCUGAUUUCUCUGCUGUGUGCUCUGCUGGGGGAGCAGAUCUGGGAUGCAGUCACCUCCCUCAGAAGGCAGGAAGGAGCAGGACUUUUACAAGAGCUUAAUGUGAAAAGAUGCACUGUUGCAAUACAUAUCUCAGAGAGUGCAUUUUCCAAGUGCAUUUUUCAGUUAAAGGCAAGGAAUUUCUGCAGCAGGAUAAGUCAUCAAUCAAUAUUUGCUAAAUUACCAGGGGCUAAUAGCAGAGGGAUGUUCAUGAAGGAGAGGGAGACAACUCCCCUCACAUGAUUUUUAGGAAAUUAUCUGUUAAUUUAACCCACAGCGAGACUGAAUUAAAUAGGGGAAAUCGGAAGAAAUCCUAGUUAGUGAGAAGAGGGUGAUGUAUCUGCCCACUGUUUUCAGAACAGAGCCCUGUGGUACUACACGUAUUCUGUAUUUUUGUGCACCCAGGGUUACCCGCCUGGGUGGGAAGAGGUGGCAGGACUGCACCACAUUGGGUAACACUGUGCUUCUGCAUCUGCCCCCGGGCAGUGCAAUGAUGUUCAAAGUGCCCUCCUCUGGUCAUGUGGAGAUACUACUACAAAACAUACUUGGAAUAGGUUUUUCUUGGGAUUUGUGUAGAAAAAAAAAAAGUAGUCUAAAAGGAGUAAUUUUGCUGCAACAGCUUAACUCUAAAGUCCAGAGAGAUUUAUCCUUCAUUAAAUACCUAUCUCUCUCUCUCUCUGCAGAAUCUGUACUGUAACAUCAGACUGACCACUUAGGAAGACACUCUUUCUUCUCUGAAGUCAGCUACAGAUAUAAGGAGAAAUGUAUUUCACUCUGAACCUUAGAGAGUUAGUUGAGAACAGCCAUAUUCUUUCAAAGACAAGUAGAUCGCAUUAUCUGUGCUAUUCCAGUCCUUACGAAGCCAAAUAAAAUGUGUAAGAGUUCCUAGUAUUUCAAAGACGCAAGUAUGUAAACUUGAUGUUAAAUGUGUUAAUGUAGUAUUCUAAAUUGUAUCAGUUAGGUAGUUUAACUAAUCAAUUAGAAGAACUAGAUCAACAAAAUAGGGACUGCUGUUCUGCAUAGGAUAUACACACACCUAUAACUACACCCAUAUACACAUUCUGUGAAUUGUCAACAAGAAAAAAAAAGCCCAGUGGCAGAGAAUCACGUUUCCUGGCUAAUGCAAAAGAUUGUCAUUAACUUUCUUGCUUUAAUUUGAGAUUGUACAGUACAAAGGAUUUUUUUUAAUGAUUAUUUUUAGCUUUAAUUGUGCUGUCAUUCAUGAAACAGAGCUGCUUUAGUAUCCUGUUAAGAGAUGACAAGGGCUUUUGGUGUCUCAUUAUAUACAAAAGAAAAACAAAUAAAGUUACAUUCCAUGUUA